GGUCGCAACUCGACGGCAGGGUCAGCUUCGAGGCUGGAACCUGGGUCUGAGCUCGGAGAGUCGAGCCACCAGCCAGCCCAGCGACGCACUCAGUCACACCUUGGCUGUUCUCAUGAAUAAUGAAGUGUGAUGAAUACAUGUGAUAUUUUUUUAGGUGGAUUACUAUGAAAAGAACGAGAAACGUGUGGUUUUUAUGAAUAAUAAAACGGAAAAACGAUGAAUUUUAACUGUGUGAACCUGUGUGAUUAGUUUUUAAAACGUUUGUGUUUUCUGAGAAUCCAUGAUUUGACGCCCGUCGUCUUUUUAGGAAAUUAUUAUCGUCUUUAAGUUUGAAGUUUAUGAAAAAAAGUUGUUUAUUUGAUAAUGAAAUCAACCCGAUUUUGUGCUGAAGUCCGUCUUAUAAUAGAUCAUUGCUGAAUGAACUGACCACCACACCUUCCUUCCCUCUUGUUGUGAUCGAUGAAUCUGUGUUUCCCCAAAGUGCUCGUCCGCUGAACCGUCCCUAUUGGUCCUAUACCGAUACCAACCGAUCAUCAGCCAUCCUUAUUCUCAUAUAAAAGAGCGAGAGAGACUUCUUAACCCCGCUUGAAUUCGUUCCAAACGAUGGACGGCCUCGAACUGGAGGAGAUCGAGGUGGCUGACACCCCCGUCAGGAGGAAACCCAACAACAACAACAGCAGCAGCGAAGACGUGGCCCUCGACUCGCCCCCUUCGGCGCCUUCUACGCCCGUCCCCCCCUCCCCGCCCGAUCCCACCUCCCCGACGCAGAACCUGCAGCCCGUGCCCCCUCCCCCACCACCGACCACCCCGACCACCGGGCCCGGGGGCGGCGGCUUCGGGGCCAAGCUGCCCAACAUUAAGAUCAAGAAACAGUACAGCAAAAUUUUCAGGAUUAAGACCAAGAUUCUACAAAAUUUAGGCAAAGCGGACAAGACCACAGACGACAUCUUCGACGAAUUCGAGGCCAACUUCUCGAAGCAGCAGCAGAACGCCAACCGAUUGCACAAGGAAGUCGCUAAUUACCUCAGGUGUUGCAGAGCGUUACACGGCGCCAGCAAGAGCCUGUUCGAGACCCUAGGAGACGUGUACGAGCAGGAAUGGGUCGGCCACGAGCUGCUGUACGCGCAGGCGCAGAACUCCGACAUGCUGUGGACCGACUUCUGCCACAAGGUGCAGGACCAGACGCUCGCCCCCCUCACCGCCUACCAGUCACAGUUUCCAGAAAUCAGGAAAAAGAUUGAUAAGAGAGGCCGCAAAUUGGUAGACUACGACAGCCAGCGACACCAGCUAGAAAACCUACAGAGAGCCACCCGUCGGGAUGAAUACAAGAUCGCCCGGGCACAAGACGCAUUGGAAACUGCUCGAGUCACUUACGAAGCACUCAAUAAGGAAUUGUACGAUGAACUGCCAACCCUCUACGACCAGCGUAUCCCCAACGUUUCCAACCACUUACAGUCACUCUUUGCUGCUGAAUCUACUUUCAUGGCUGAGUCUAGCAAGGUCGCCAAGGAGCUGGAGGCCAUAUCCGACAAGUUGUCGAAGGAAUGUGCGAAGGGAACCUACAAGACAAAACAGAGAGCCACCCCUCGUCCUCUGUCUGUUGUAGAAGUUAAUAAGCCAAACUCUCCUUCCAUGUGGUACGAUGGCGGGGCAGGAGAUGAGGGAGAAAACUCCUUCCAGUUGAACGAGGGGAACGAUGCAGUGCUCGAAAUAUCCGCUAUGGAGAAUUCUUCUUCCUCCGCUCCCAUGGAGACGGAGCAGUCAUAUAAAUCUAUCCCAGAUAAUGACCAUGCUCCGACCCCUCCUUCGAGUCCGCUCCCUAUCGAAAGCCUUGCCAACAACGGUGCUGACUCUGCCCUGAAUCCUACUCCUCCUCCUACUCACAACUCUCAGGCUGAUGAGGACAAACGUCCAACAAUCUCUGGUCCCAUGACUCACAAGAAGGAAGAAAUUGGACGUCCAUACGAGGAGAUUGAGUUUGAAGACAAGAAGGUUAAUGGGACCCUCUCCUCCGCUCGGUCCAACGGAGAAGUCAUAGGCACUAAAGUUCCCCCUGCUGCUGAGUCAGCGCUCAGUAACGGUCCUUCCUUCACAUCUCCUUUGGCUGAUCUCGACAAAAAGGUGGAGGAGAUUUAUGACAUCCCCGUGGAUGGAGGAAUACAGAAUGGUACGUUGACAGGUGCGACCACAGAAGGACUCCCACAAGGUGUGCUAUACCGUGUGCGUGCAACCUACAAGUACACACGUGAGGACGUGGAUGAAAUCAGCUUCGAAGUCGGCGACAUCAUACAGGUGGUCGAAUAUGAUGAUCCGGAAGAACAGGAGGAGGGCUGGCUUUGCGGAAUCAAAGAAGGCGGCGGCGAAAAAGGACUCUUCCCCGCCAACUUCACCCGGCCUCUCUAAGCUUCCCCUGUUCUCCCUCAAGUACUUAUAGAAAUACUUGGAGAAGUCCCAACAUGCAGGAUGGAAUACAAAGCCAGAUCAUUGAUUCAUUACAUAAAACCAAACAGUUGUUGCAAAUCAUUGCAAAUUUCACAAGAGCAUUGACGGCGGUUGUUUGUAAUUCAAAGAUUUUUUUAUAUAUGAAUAUUUGAAGUCUAGUGAUUACUUUUAUGAUUAUUUAAACAUUUGGAUGUUGCUGUAUGCUUUAGGAAUGCUGUAAGCAAAACAAUCGGCCAUAGAUCAUGUAUUACAUGUGCUAAUGUGCUAAGAGAUACUUUGUCCACAAUCAUAGCAAUAGAAUGUUAUUUUGGUACGAUUUACACUCAAAAGAUUUCUGACUGCAAUAUGCUAAUCUUAGAUCAUUUGAAUAAAUUUUGCUCAGUUUUUCUUUUCUUAGACAGGUUAGAUAGUUCUGAAUGGAAACACAUAUUGCAGAGAAAAGCUCCAUAAUAUAAUCCCUUUGUUGUGAAAACCCAUCAUUAUUGUGUUUUGGCCCUCCUCUUGUCUUUUGUAAUUAUUUUCUAUCAUUAUUGAAAAGUAGUUCCCUUAUUCUCAUGUAUCUAGGGAUUUUUUUUUCUACUCUGAAUUAAAGCAGCUAUUUCUCUGAGAGAAGAGGUAUCGUAUAUGACUAUAUUUAUUGAUUUGUGUAGAUAAGGUAUUGUUGUGUUUGUGAAUGUUUAUUUGAUCUGGUUCCUCAUACUUUGUCACGUAAAUGCAAGGAAGUUUUAGGAUUUGAUCCAGUACUAAGGGCAUAUUUGAAUGGCUAGGUACCAUUUGGAGUUGGCUUGCGCAAAUUCUUUCAGUAGCCAGAUUAACCUUCAUAAGAUUACUCGACCGCAGACUUCGUCGUAGUGAUACACUUUCAGAUAUCUUGCUGCAGUCAGGUUAACUCAUGUGAUGAGUCCUUUUCCAUGGCAUGAAAAGGAAAUGGUCAACCUUUGCCUGAGAGAAAAAUACAUCCAUUUUAGAAUGUUUUUCAUGAAAUGGACCGAAGUUAGGCUCCUUGUCUUAAGGAAAUUGACUUGUGAAGGUUUACAGUCAUUUUCAUUUUGAUGUAGGAUUUUCAAGAAUCUUGAACAAUUUUAACCAUUUUUUUUUAUUCCUACUCUCCACAAGUACUACUUGUAUGCAUGUUGUAAUGAAAUUCUUCCCAUUUUAGGAAUUAUAUAACAAUGUUUUUACUAGUCUUCCCCAACCCCCUCUUGACCUUUCUUCCCUACUGUAGGUUCAAGACAAAUUAAGGGUAGUAAUCUGAAAUCUCUCUCUUCCUGUAUGCUUGGCUGUAACGUCGGAUCAUAACAAAAAAAGAUGUGUGUAAAUAAUCACAGUGAUAAAAGCCUGUGUAUAUAGUUCUCAAUUGUAAAUAACAGUGAAAUGUAAAGACGGAAUCUCUUUGGAGUUACGUACAUGUAUAUAAUAAGGUUCUGUACUAAAGAUCUGAAUAUAUAUUUAGAAUUUGUUUAAGUCUAGAGGCUGCUAACCAUCGCGAUUCACACUUUUUGCUCUGUACCAAGUUAGCUGUCUGACGACGAACUAUCAUUUGUGGGAAAAAAAAAAUCGUUCCUUAGUUGGACGUUGUGCCAUGAAUCCCUUUUGAGGUACUUAAUUAGUUAUACUAAUAUAUGUGAGAGUAUGUAGUACAUGUGUUAUACCUAAUUAUGUUAUUGCUCAUCAUACCCUUUUAUUAAAUAUGUAUGCUUUGUUUAACCCUCUUGUACUCUUCCCCCACAUUCAUUUCCCCUAUUGAUGCUUGUUGUUGUACAUGAAACAAAACCGUAAUGCAAAAACAAGGUGCCUUUUUUUACCUAAAGCAGAGAGCGUGCCUUAACGUCAUUGGUCAAUAGAUGGGAAUACUCUGUUAUUCCCCCCAAAAAAAAGCUUUGCCCAUCAAAAGGUUUUGAAAACGAGGUUUAUGUUUUAUUACACUUGAAGAUAUUGUAAAACUAUUCAGUUAGAAAGGUGUUUAUAAAAAUCGAUUGUGUACAUCUAAGCUUUGUUGAUGUAUCCAUAUUCACUAGGGUGCCACAUACUGUAUAUUAUAGAGAUUUCUGAAUUGACACUUGAUACAACAAGUUUGCUUUAUUUGAGCAAGUGGUAUCCAGCAUGUGUAACCUGUGUAUUUACAAUGUGCCUUGAUUUGAGAAAAACAAAACCAACCAACUUUAUAGAAUAAAAUGCAACAUUGUCUUGUACGUGUCAGUUUCUAGGUUAUCUUGGAUUAUUAAAAGCAGACGUAGGCAUUUAACCAGUAAUUUUUUUUCUUUUUUAAGGCAAUACCGAAGUCCAGCUGCUGUUUAAAGUGAGCUUGGGACCAUGUCAAGCAGAGACCUGCAGGUCUCAUUUUAAAAACUUUCCUUGCUUAUAUUUCUCAUGUUCCCAGACUGCUGGGGACUUGAAAAUAAGCAGGAACCAUAAUAGUAUGAUUAAUUGUACUGUAUUAACAUCAAAGCUAAUAAUAAACAGAUCCUGAGGUGAUCAA